AUGGAGAAGGAGGCGACGCACCCAAGCAUGAAGGCUCGCGGUACGUCCACCGACUCCGGCGGCCCGACGGCGCUCGCGCUCCGCCUGUCCAACAAGUUUUCCGACUGCGAGGAGCACGAGGGCCAGAACAUCAUGUUCUCGCCGCUGUCAAUCUACACCGCGUUGGGCCUUCUUGCGGCCGGUGCCCGGGGCGACGCCCUGGACGAGAUCCUCGCCGUGCUCGGCGCGACGAUGUCGCGGGGAUCGCGGAGGAUGCAAGGAAGGAGAUCAACCGGCCGGUGGGUCGCGAAGGCCACGAAGAAGCUCAUCACCUCCGUCCUACCGCCGGGAUCAGUGCACGGCGGCACCAAGCUCGUGCUUACCAAUGCCGUCUACUUCAAGGGUAUGUGGGAGAACGCCUUCAGCAAGAGCUACACCAAUGACCACAUGUUCCACCGCCUCGACGGCAGCACCGUCCAUGUGCCCUUCAUGGAGGGAAGAAGCCAUGACGAGUACCUAGUGGCCACCUAUGACGGUUUCAAGGUGCUCAAGCUCCCUUACAAGAAGGCGGCCAACAAUGGCGCCAGGUACUCGAUGUGCGUCUUCCUCCCGACGGCGCGAGACGGGCUGCGCAGCCUUGCCGACGAGAUGGCGUCCGGCGGGCCAGGCUUCCUGUUCGACCACCUGCCCACUAGGCCACGUGAGGUAACCAAGCUCCGGCUACCCAAGUUCAAGCUGUCCUUCUUCUGCAGCAUGAAGAAAGUUCUCGAGAGCUUGGGGUUGCGGGCGGCGUUCAGCGAGGAGGCCGAUCUGUCUGACAUGGUGGAGGAGGACUCGAGCCGAAACAACGUUCGGCUGUGCGUAGAGGAUGUGUUCCACAGGGCGGUUGUGGAAGUGAACGAGGAAGGCACCGAGGCGGCUGCGUCCACCGCCAUCGAUGUAUUUUUCUGCUGUGACUUUGAGCCCGUGCCUGUUGAUUUCGUCGCCAACCAUCCGUUUGCGUUUUUCAUAGUGGAGGAGGCGGCCACGUCGUUGACCCUUCUCAAACUGAAUAAAAUCUAUCAGUUGAAUAUCGCCAACAUUGCGGCCGUCGCAACAUCUCCCAAGUUACAGUCGUUGUCGCACAACAUCGCCCAUGUUGCAGUGAAUAUCACCAACAUUGCGGCCGUUGCAACAUCUCCCAAGUUACGAUCGUCCUCGCACAACAUCGCUCAUGUUGCAGUGAACAUCGCCGACAUUGCGGCCGUCGCAACAUCUCCCAAGUUGUAG